AUGAAGACUUUAUCCUACUCUGAUGUAGUCGACCUUGCUAGAAAGAUUGAAAACAAGGGACGUGAUGAGCGUGCACCUAGUGAUUUACGUAAGAAGGCCAAGACAGGAGGGGCUUUCAGUGGCGUUGAGACUCACUUGAGGGAUUGCCCUCAACCUUCGAGAAAUUUCAACCAGGCUUCUAUUCAGUCAGCUGCACCGACUCAGACUACUAGUAAGACUUCAUGUGCUACAGGUAAAGGAAAUAGAGGUCGAGGUGCUGGAAACCAUGCUACUGUGAAUCAAGGACAAGGGAAUGUUGGUAAAGGUCAGGCCAGAAUUCGGGUUGAGGGUAGAGAUACUCGAGCUGACCUUAUUGUACUUGAUAUGAUUGACUUUGACAUGCUGAUGGGAAUGUAUUGGUUAUCUUCUCGUUAUGCUAGCAUCGGUUGUCAUGCAAAGAUAGUCAAGUUUGAGAUACCAAACGAACCUAGUUUUAUUCUAAGAGGGAGUCAGAAAGGUUGCUUGGGUCUCUUUGCUAUUGUAAAUGACACAAGAAAGGAAACAGUUAGCAUAAAACAUGUACCGGUAGUGAGAGAAUUUUUUGAUGUAUUUCAUGAGGAUUUACUAGGAUUGCCUCCAGUACGAGAAAUAGAUUUUGGUAUUGAUUUGCCACCUGACACACAACCCGUAUCAAUACCGCCAUAUCGGAUGGCACUAGCAGAGUUGAGGGAGCUAAAGCAACAGUUACAGGAUUUCCAAGGAGAACACGAGGAUCAUCAUAGGACUGUGUUGCGGACAUUGCGAGAACAUCGACUUUAUGCUAAGUUCUCAAAGUGUGAACUUUGGCUAGACUCGGUAUCAUUUCUAGGGCAUGUUGUAUCCAUACAUGGAAUUAUGGUAGAUCCUAAGAACCCAAAAGCUGUGCAGAAAUGGCCCAGGCCUACUACUCCUACAGAGAUUCAUAGCUUUUUAGGCUUAGCAGGCUAUUACAGACGUUUUGUGCAGGAUUUCUCCAGAAAAGCAGUGCCGCUGACCAAGCUAACACAGAAAAAGGCGAAGUUUCAGUGGACGGAGGAAUGUGAGCAGAGCUUUCAAAAACUGAAAACAUGUUUGACAACUGCACCAAUAUUAGCCUUACCAUCAGGUUCCGGAAGAUUUUCAGUAUUUUGUGACGCCUCGAGGGUGGGAUUAGGAAGUGUUCUCAUGCAAAAUGGUCGUGUUAUAGAUUAUGCUUCGAGAAAAUUGAAAAAGCACUAG